AUGGUCUCAAAAUGCAGGCAUGAGAUUGUUGGUGAAGUUCAAAAUUUCAAAGUUGGAGAUAGAGUUGGAGUCGGCAGCAUGGUCGGUUCAUGCAAUUCUUGCGAUAAUUGCGCCGACGAUAUUGAGAAUUACUGUCCCAAAAUGAUAUUUACCUAUGGUGGAAAGUACUAUGACGGGAGUGUUACAUAUGGAGGUUUCUCCGACACUAUGGUUGUCGAUGAACACUUUGCCUUCGGAAUUCCGAAGAACCUGCCUCUCGAUGCCGCCGCCCCUCUUCUUUGUGCCGGAAUCACAGUGUAUAGUCCAUUGAGCUUUUAUGGACUGGAUAUGCCUGGCCUGCAUGUAGGUGUUGUUGGACUGGGAGGGCUAGGCCAUUUAGCUGUGAAAUUUGUUAAGGCAAUGGGGACCAAAGUAGUCAUCAGCACGUCUCCUGGUAAGCAAAAGGAAGCUUUGGAGAAUCUUGGUGCAGAUUCAGUUUUGGUUAGCCGAGACCAAGAUCAGCUUCAGGCUGCCAAUGGCACAUUUGAUGGAUUCGUCGAUACUGUAUCCGGUCAACGCCCAUUGUUGCCUUUGCUUGGGCUGUUGAAGUCUCACGGGAAGCUUGUGGUUCUUGGAGCUGCAGAGAAACCCUUCAAGUUGCCUGCAUCUCAUUUGAUCCAAGGGAGGAAGUUAAUAGGAGGAAGCAUGAUCGGAGGGAUGAAGGAAACUCAGGAAAUGAUUGAUUUCAAAGCAAAACAUGACAUAAAAGCAGACAUUGAAGUUAUAUCUAUGGAUUAUGUGAACACUGCCAUGGAUCGCCUUCUCAAAGCCGAUGUCAAGUACCGAUUUGUCAUUGACAUCGGUAACACAUUGAAGGCCACCUGGUAAUGCUUCGUACCCUCUUUUUAGACAUAAAAACUGGAAACACCAGUCCCCAUAUAUUUCAUUUUAGACUUCAUGUAAUGGAUUACAGAUAAAAUAAAUGAAUUAGUCAUUGAAUAAAUGAACUAAUUUAAUUGUAUGAAUUUUAGCCUGAAUCAGGCUUCAAUUACAGCAUUUCCCUAAGCACCGCCUAUGACCUAAAAAAGAAUAA